UUGGCUAUUCUAUUUGGUCUUUCUCUUGGUCAUCGUCAACUAUUUUCGCGUGCUCUUCAUCAUUUUCCAAAGUGAAGUCACCAAUGUUUCUUAUAUCAUCGCCGAUCUGACGAUACCUGCAGGUAAAACCAAGAAACAUCUUUCGCUCAUCUUUCUAAGUUGGGUAUUUGGGACUUUUAUGUGUAUUCUGACUUUAUAUCGUUCUCAGUAUACACCGCGAUUACAGAAAUGGACAAAUAUUGGUGUAGUCUUUGAACAUUUAUCGACAAGGAUCCAUCCGAUUUCAGGGUUACCAACGAUUCUUCAUAAGUUUUUCAUACGAUUUAAUCUAACAGUUUUUUACUCGGCGAGUGUUGUUGUAACAUUUUUAGCUUUGCCUUCAUUUCUCAUUUAUCCUCAAAAUUUUCUCGUAUACCUAUGGAACUGGUUACCCAUCAAUAUUGCUCUCGGUCUCGUGGUUGUUGGUUAUGGUGCUAAUUUUGGGCCACUUUAUGCCUUCCAGGUAUAUAUUUUUGCUAAAAAAAUGACUGAUCAAAAGAAUAACUUAACCGACCGUCUAAAUUACACACUAACUAACUAUCCGAGUGAACAAUUAACAUCGCUCGUUAAUUACUCAGUGCAGUCAAGUAUUUCCAUUAUGAAAGAGUUGAUUGAAGGUUACCAUUUCUGGAUCCAUUUUAAUCAAUCAAUAUUCUUUGCUACGUUCAUGGCUCAAUCUAUUGUACUUUACAUAAUCUUUUUUGUUGAUAUUCCUCAAUUUCUGAGAUUAGCAAUGAUCCUUUUAGGCUUUAUCAAUUGGCUAAGUGGAUUAUCGGUACAUUUUUUUCUGGGAACUUAUGGUCAACGAAAGAUUGAUCAACAUCGAUGUCAAUUGAAGCGGACACUUUAUCUGAAUAUCUCUAAUCAAAUGAAGGUUCAACUAGUUAAUUACUUGGAACAUAUUGAGAGCCGAUAUUUUUUCUGUAUAUUUGGAUCAUUAAAUUAUUCAUUAGAUCAUUUUCUCUUGGUAAGACUCUGAAAUAUUAAUGACCACA